AAUAGCUCUCACAGCCAGGAAAUUCCUCCUUAUUAUGAGUUUGGAUCUUCUUCAGUAAAGCUUCCACCUGUUGGUUCCAACUCUUGUUUACUUGCCCGUGUUUUUUUGUUAUUUUUGCUUUGAUGCAGGUACACAUUGAGAUCUAUUAAAUCGUGACUUACGUUGCAAAGGAAGGCAUCCACCGUAUACUGGGGUACACUACAAUGCAGAGCGUUGAGGACAGAGUGGCACCACUCUCUUCUCUCAAUAUGGCACAGGAAGAGGAUUUGGGACAGCAGCUGCAGGAAAGUGCCUUGAAUCAGCAAGAGGAGAUCCUUCACCUUCCAGAUAUCCAUUCCUUGAUGAACAGCUCUCACUCCGACAAUAACCAUUUGCAAAAGGAAUUCUUCUCCCUUAAGAUUAGGAACUGCCCUCUGUUCAAAGCCGUCCCACUCCCUCAUAUUGGUAAAAAAGUCUUGCCAAACCUGAGCAAGGUGGCCAGUGGAGCUGUGUCACUCAAGGAAUCCCUCAAUCUGCAUUUUUUACCAGAAAACAAUCUCUUGGAGAAGAUCUUCAGCCACUUUGAUAGCACCACAGUAACGGGAUGGCUGGAGAGAGCUCAUGGCAUCCUUUGCGAGCUGGGCAGGUGGAGUUCCUCCAGAGAGAACUUUGUACACUUUGCACACUUCUGGCUAUCUGAGCUCCACCACAACCAGAAGCAACAGUUGUUAGAACUGGAAUUGGGGGUUAUUGGUGAUGAAGUGCAUCUUGCAUUCCUAGAAGGGCUGGACUGUAAGGACCUUCAGCCUUCAGACUUGAGUUCCAUCCUGGUGGCUGCACUGAGUGAAUAUCCAAUGGGGUUCACCAGUAACCAGCACCCCUAUGUUUUUUUGGAUUACUUGAACCUCAUGUCUUCACCCGAUACAUCCGGAUACACGGAAAUGCUUUCCAACAUACAAUAUCCAAGCAAAAACCCUCAGAUAACUCAGUGGUUGCUCGCUAUACGAGAAUUUGCCCUGGCGAACCUCUGGCAUGCUAUAGUCAAGUUCUAUAAGAAAUUGGUCAGCACCCAGCUCUCUUCUGAACCACCCAUCAAGAGUCCUGGUUCUGCCACUAGAAAAGAAUCCACUGAAGUCAUUAAAGAAAGAGCUCUGCAGGCUGUUCAGUGGGGAUAUGUAGAUGUCUUGGAUUAUCUUGUUAAAAGCCAGAAGCUGGACCUUAGCAUCGUGGAUGAAAAGAACCGAAAUCUUUUAUUUUUGGCCACUAUCCAUGACCAGUCUAAGAUUCUGGACUAUUUUCUUGAAAUGGCACUUCCUGUACCUGAUGUAAACCAAGCUGCUGAAAAUGGUAAUACACCUCUUCACGCUGCAGUGAACACUGGCAAAAUGCAUCUUAUUUCUCUGCUUUUACACUACCCCGGGAUUAACGUGAACGUCCAAAACCCCCAGUGCGAUGGGGCAACUCCACUGCACCUUGCAAUUGUUUAUGGGCAUCUGGGAAUUUGCUAUUUAUUGCUGAAUGCUGCUGCUGAUGUAAACAGUGCUAUGGGAGGCGUGACACCUUUGCAGCUUGCCGAAAUGUUUGGGAAUGAAACCAUCACUGGCUUGAUCAAAAUGCACGUAAAGAAAACUCAGCUUGAAAACACCAUCUUGGCCCGAUCAGUCUCGAAGGAAAUUCUAUAGAAUUUUAAAAAUGCAUGUUUUCUAGUUUCUGUUUUUCUUUUAUAUUAAAGCUUUUUUUCAAACUUGGGAUAUGUUCUUCAUUCAACCUGUUGUUGUUAUGAUUUCCAGUAGUAGCU